GAUAGAUGUGGCGUGCCGAAAAAAACGCCCGACAUCGACUAGAAACUCACCAAAUCACAGUAGCUUGUACUUGAAAACACUAGAGUUGGAGAGGAAGGCGAGGGAGGGUCAAAAAAGGUGCGACAAGUGAGAUGAAACUCUAUUGGUCAGAACCUUCACAGGAAAUAGAAAGAGUAAACCAGAAAGAUUGACGUUACGAUCUUCAAGAAUCACUUAAAAUGAGAAACAGGGUUUCUUAGCUAAAAGGUACCUUGAAAACGACUUAGUUCAUACUGACAACUCGAGGCAGUUGGACCACAGAUCAUUCGUAAGUAGUGGAAUUUGUUGUCUAAUACUGGAUAUCGAUCGCGCGCCGUCAAGCCAAGAAUCCGCCUGAAAACAUCGUCUUCUAGCACCAAGAAGCAAGCCCUCCGGGUCAGUUUUUGGAAUUGUCUUUUAUAUAACAAGAAAAGAUGCUUUUUAUACCACAGAAUAGACUUGAGAUUGCAUAACCUUAGAUCGAAAUAGCUAGAACCUCGCGGUACAAGAAUAAACUACUGAAGGUGGAAUAAUAGAAAAGAAGCUGAGACAAGGCGACGAAGUUAAUAGGAAUUCUACCAUCGUGAAAACUGACGAAACUGAAGUGGGAAUAGGUAACUGUGGAAAAGAAGUUGACAUUUAAUUUGAAGAAAAGGAAAAGAAAAGGAGACGUCAGUAGGAAGUAAAGGGAAGAAAAAAAGUAGAAACUGGAAAGGAAGAAAGAGAAAAAUGAUUGCGUUGUGAGAAAUAGAAAUAAUAGGAUUAUCAGUAAUGAUCCUCUGGUUUAAGUGACAAGAACAAAGUGGAUAGCAUCCUCUCGGCUUUCCAUCUGUUAGCUACGUACACCUGGCUGGAUUCAAGUCAACGAAUCCUGUGGCAAAAAUCGAGAAAUCUCACAUUUAAAUUCAACAAAAACCAUUUAACCACCCAAAACCAGAAACAGCGGAUCUACAGAACGAAACCUGUUGUGCAUUGAUUCCUUUAGAAAAACAGUCCACUUAUUAUAAAAGUAUCGAGAGAAAUUUUGCAGCAUUUUCAUCGAACUAAAAAAUCCAUUUGGACAUUUCCUUCAAAUCUAAUUUGGAUUGUUUUUUUUUUGUUUUGUUUGAGACUGAGUUUCUGAAUAGGUUUUUCUGUGUACGAGUUGAAAAACAAGAACUUGAAGGAAUUAGUAAACUGUAAAGCUCCAUCCUACGUACAACAAGAGGAAACAUCUAACAUCAAGAAGCGAAUAAAGUUGACAAACUGUCUUUUCUCAUAACGAGUGAUACAAAUAAGGUUUUGUUGAAGUGUCAGUUAAACAAUACCGUAGGAAACCCUGCCAAUAACGUCAGGCAAAGUUUGAAGAGGACACUUAAGGAAUUAAGUUAAAAAACAUAAAAGCCUUAAAAGCCUUUUUUUCGUGGAGUUUGUUUUACGGAAGUUUGUUAAAAGGAAUAGAAAAUUUAAAGCUAAUCUUGACAAAAAAUUGCGUAAACCAAGCCAUGGAUCCAACUAACUCAAGCUAUACUAGCGAAGGACCAAGAACAGAGCCUUGGGGAACACCAACAAGCAAUUCAACUAUGGAUAAUAAGACGGAGGCGUGCUAUAAUCCUGAGGAAAACCCGGUGUUUAGAGCUGGAGUUAUCAUAUUAUACUGUGUCAUCUUCCUCGCAUCGAUAAUCGGGAAUGCAUUGAUCAUCAUAACCGUACGUCGAAACCCCCAUAUGCAUUCAGCAGUGAAUCUCUUCAUUGCUAACAUGGCGGCGUCGGAUAUUUUACAAGCGAUUUUCGGAGUCCCUCGAGUGAUAACAGAAGUUCUUUGUGGCCGAGAGAGCUGGCUGAUUGGAGGGAAAGUCGGUAUUUUCACGUGCAAGUUGGCAUACUUUGUACAAGACACAUCUCUGAGUGUAUCUGUUAUCAGCCUGAUUGUUAUCACAGUGGAGAGGUUCUACGCUGUCAUCUUUCCUCUGCAAGUCUCUCUCCUCAGAAAGAAUUCCAAGAUCAUUAUCCCUGUGAUCUGGAUCUUAGGGGCAUCUCUACAUGCUGUGUACUUCCACAUCUUCACACUGAGAGAUGGGAAUGCUCCAUAUCCACUCUGUUACCAGAAAUGGAGCUCUCCAAAGGUAGCCAUGGUAUAUUACACUGUCAUCUUCGCUGGACUCUACUGCCUGGCGUUAUUGUCCAUCCUGAUCAUGUACACCUUGAUAAUUGCUAGGAUACAGCACAAGAAAUCCACGAGCGCACAGGAAAGCAAGCUAAGAAAAUCAAGAGAUGCUCAGGAGCGUAAGAUUUUCAGCGUAGCAGUUGCAAUAACAGUGGUGUUCUUUGCAUGCUUCUGUCCUCAGACGGUUCUCGUAAUAGUCGCGCCACUGAAUGCUAUUCCCUUCUGCCAUAUUGAAGUCCUCCGAUUCGUCACCAAGGUGAUGGAGCAGACCUACUCUGCGGUCAACCCGAUUCUUUGCAUCAUAUUCAGCCUCAACUACCGGGAAGGUUUUAUUUCAAUUCUAUCAAGAGUGGCUGGCAGAAGUAAUACAAUCAACAAGAGCAAGAGGGUCCGGCUUCCACGAGAGAUGAAGAUUAGAGGUAACGAUGUGCAAUCCGCUUCCAACUCCAAACUGAAGGAAACUACCCCAAAGAUAUUGAAAACGUCAGAUCUGGAAACUUAAGGUUUUUGGUAUGGUUUCUAUGGAAACUAAAUUAAAGUAAUGUCAUGUACUAGCCUGGUGCGGAAACGUCGUCAUGGAGCUAUUAGUCAUGUUCAAUUCAACUACAAAAUGCAAGACAUUUGAGCAACAUAAGAAUCAAAAAAAUUAACUCUAUGGGAACCAAGGAAACUGAAAGUAAUGCCAUGUGCAGCACACGAACGAAACACCAGAAAUUUCAGCGAUAUAAGCAUCGAAAACUAAAGAUUGUAGCUUGGCGCGUUUGCUAGGUUAAUUGAUUUGGCCAUACAGAGGAGGCAUACAACUCAGUAAGGUACUUGGUAUUUGUAAAAAAAAAAACUAUUUUGGAUAGUUUGCGGCAGACUAGAAGUAAAAUAAACGGAUUGACAACGGCGCUAAAAAUAAUAAAUGAACACAAGUAUAUCUAUCAUAUUCAACAAACUUAAACACUUGUAGUUUUUCUCAUUUAGGAAAUAUAAGGAGGUGUACAUCGAACGUAGAAGUGAAGCCUCCAAUAGAGUAGCUUGUAACUGUCCAAACUAUUUGCUAUAUGAAAGAAACGUAAUUCACAUUUCGAAAUCAUUGAUGAGAAAACUGACCGGACGAAAGGGAAGUUCAAGAAGUAAUUAAUUGAUUUAAAUCCUUAUUACUUAAUCUAAUAUUGGACAGAUGUAAAAUAAAGUACUGUACAACCGA